CACUAGGCAAAGGCAACAGACGUACGUACAGAUACAGCAGACGAGAGCUGCGAGGCUCGACGGACGACGGUGUUUUUGCUCUCUAGCUUCUCCUCCGCUCGCUUGUACGUAGGGGCCGGGUACGCGCGGUUGGAUGGCGGCAGGUACACAGCCGUCGUCCAGAGCAGCUUCCGGAGUUGUCCUCCUCCUCGCCGUCCUCCUCGCAGAGCAAGUGCUGGCGGCGGAGGCCUUGUCCAUCGGAGUCAACUACGGGCAGAUCGCCAACAACCUCCCUUCGCCAGCACGGGUGUCCUCGCUGCUCCGCUCACUCAAGAUCAGCAAGGUGAAGCUCUACGACGCCGACCCCCGCGUCCUGCACGCGUUCCUCGGCACGGGCGUCGAGUUCGUGGUCGGCAUCGGCAACGAGCACGUCCCGGCGAUGGUGAGUCCCGCCGCGGCGCAGGCGUGGCUCCGGCAGCACGUGGCGCCGCACCUCCGCGCCGGCGCGCGCAUCACCUGCAUCACCGUCGGCAACGAGGUGUUCAAGGGCAACGACACGGUCCUGCAGGACAGCCUCCUCCCAGCCAUGCACUCCGUGCACGAGGCGCUCGGCACGCUCGGCCUGCAGGGACGCGUGAACGUCACCACCGCGCACUCGCUGGACAUCAUGGGCGCCUCCUACCCUCCCUCCGCCGGCGCGUUCCACCCGGGUGCCGUCUCGCACCUGCGGCCGUUCCUCAGCUUCCUGUCCGCUACGAGGGCCCCGUUCCUCAUCAACUGCUACCCGUUCUUCGCCUACAAGGACGACCCGGCGCGCGUGCCGCUGGACUACGUGCUCUUCCAGCCCAACGCUGGCGUCACCGAUCCCAACACCGGGCUCAACUACGACAACAUGCUCUACGCGCAGGUGGACGCCGUGUACACCGCCAUCCAGGCCAUGGGGCACACGGACAUCCACGUCAAGGUCUCCGAGACGGGAUGGCCGUCCCGGGGCGACCCCGACGAGCACGGCGCCACGCCAGAGCACGCCGGGACCUACAUUGGGAACCUCCUGAGGAGGAUCGAGAUGAAGCAAGGCACACCGUUGAGGCCGGCGGUGCCCAUCGACGUCUAUGUCUUCGCGCUCUUCAACGAGAACCUCAAGCCUGGGCCUGCGUCGGAGCGCAACUACGGGCUGUUCUACCCCGACGGCAGGCCGGUUUACAACGUUGGCCUGCGCGGCUACCUCCCGCCCAUGGCGGAUUCACAAGGAACACGGCAGGUGAUUCAUCUGCUAAUCCUUAUCGCCAUGGCGUCAGUCGCCUUCGCAUUGUCAUGACAGCAUCCAUCAGCAAUCAGCUACCGUGAUUGCCCAGAGCUGAACUGGGUCACUGAACUGACGUAUUUACGCAAUACGAUCCAGUGCAAUUUGGAUGUAUUCUGGUGGCGUUGGGGAUUUGCUUCAUACUCGGAUCAGUUUAGAUCUAACUGAAGCUUGGACGUCAUAACUCAAUAAGCUUGGACGUCAUCGACUUCAAACAUAAUUCUUACUUUGUCCCUUCGAGGGAGAAACAGUCACACGGACAGGAAGCGUUUAUGGAUCGAUGAUAGUUAGCGAAUGAUCCGUACAUUAAAUUUCUUGGGUAAACAAAUUCAAUUGUAUUGUUUCUGAUGUUCAAGUCUGGACACAUCUUUAUGCGAUCUUUAGUCAUUCGUAUGAUGCAAUACACAUACUCUGAUGCUACUGCUUGCUACU